UUGUCUUCCCAAACACCUCAUCGAACGCCGCUUCGUCGGAUAUCUCAAGGAUCUCUUUUUCGUCUUUCACGGUCAGGCGCGAAUCCAGAUACCCCUCAUGGCCUGGGAUUUCUCGAGCCAGCUAUGGCAGAGUUCAUCGACGAAACAGAGGCCUUGCAGAACAACGUCGAAGGCCUAAAGCAUCUCAGCGACUCCCUUGCAACGUUUAACGAAUCAUUUGCUAGCUUGCUAUACGUGAUGGACAUGAAUGCGCUGAACAACAGACUGGCCACAGGCGCGCUCCCAACCGACGCGUCUUUUCUAAUCGCCAGGAGAAGAGCAGGUGAGAAUUGGCUCCUUACGCGCUCGCUGCGCUUCAGGCUGCAGAGGGCCAAACGAAAAUUGGAAACAAUGGCCGGCCCCUCAAACCCUGCGGACAAGACGACAGCGACGGUAACAGAGAUGGAAACGACAUACAUGACUGCCGGUAACACCACAAAAUCUUCAGCACCUCAGAAGAAGAAAGGGAAGAAGCCGAAACUGACAACAAAAGAGAAGAAGGAACGCAGCUUGGAGAUUGAAAAAAUUAUAUCAUGCCUGCCACUUGAAUUCCGUGGAAGUGAUCCUACACUUCGUCGUAAUAUGGAAAUGGUCAUAGAGGGCAUGAUAGAUUCGCCUAAUCAAGUUGCCAAGCUGACCGACCUGAUACUACCUGAUCUUCCGCAGGCGCGAGUGAACAAGUGUCUUAUAGCGUUAGUGAACAGAAAGAUCGUACGAAAGGACAACAGUACAGGGGUGGUCCUCUACCACUGGCAAGGGUUGCAAUGAUUGAGCGUUACCCACUUCCGUUCUGUCGGCCUUGUACAUUAGAUGCCCGCUGUAUGAUAUUGGCUGAACGUGAUGAUAAAGCACACGAAAUGUCACUCUGAGCAACCACCAUUAGAGUGCGUAUGGUACGCUGCUUUGACCAACCCCGCCACUUCGGUAGUUGCCACGCUCCCAUCCAAUGAUGUAGCAAGCCCACGCUGGAUUCGCCG